CGCCACCGCCGACGUGCCGUCGCCGUCCUCGCCGUCGCCUUCCCCAAUCCCCACGGCUCUCCCUCCUCCUCCGCCACUCCUCCCCGCCUUAAAGCUCUCCCGCAUUGCAAUCCCCCAUGGCCUCCUACACCCGCCCGAACCCCGCCAACCCUAGUAGCCCGGCCCCGUCGGCGCCGCCGCUCUACCCGUCGCUCACCAUGGCGGACCUGGCGCCGGUCGAGAUCCCGCGGUCCCCGGCCUCCCCCGACGCGCCGGCGCCGUCGGACGACGUGCUGCUGCGCGCCCCCGGCGCGCAGCUCCACCUAAUCGACCGCCAGCGCAGCCACCCGCUGGCCGCCGGCGACCUCUCCCUCCACCGCAUCCGCGCCGGCGACACCUCCCUCGCCGCCAUCGCGGCCCUGGGACCCGUCCAGUGGCCGCUCGCCCGCGACGUCGCCGCCGUCAAGCUCGACCCGCGCCACUACUCCUUCUCCUUCGCCGUCCCCGCCUCCGCCGACGACCCGGCCCCCGAGCCGCUCCACUACGGCCUCACGCUCUCCGCCCCCGACCCGCGCCUGGACGCCCUGCUCGGCGCCUACACCAGGUUCUCCGCCCACUCCGUGGCCGGCAGCGAGGGGCUCGCCGACGGGGUGCGCGGUGAGGUGGAGGCCGCCGCGUACUGGACCGCCGUCGCGCCCAACGUCGAGGAGUACGGCAGCGCCGUCGCCAGGGCCAUCGCGUCCGGCGCCGAGAACGUCGCCAAGGGGAUCCUGUGGUGCGGGGUGAUGACCGUCGACAGGCUCCGGUGGGGGCAGGAGGUUCUCAGGAAGAGGAUUCAGCCCGGCGAUACCGAGGCCGAGGUCAGUCCGGAGAUGCUCAGGCGGAUCAAAAGGGCUAAGAAGGUGACAAAAAUGUCCGAGAAAGUGGCAACUGGAAUACUGUCUGGAGUUGUGAAGCUUACUAGCUCUGUUACAAGCUCAUUGGUUAACUCAAAAGCUGGCAAGAAGUUCUUCAGCCUAUUGCCUGGAGAGGUUAUUCUUGCUUCACUUGAUGGAUUUGGCAAGAUUUCUGACGCCGUAGAAGUGGCUGGGAAGGAUGUGCUAUCAACAUCGUCGACGGUGACGACCGGUCUUGUAUCCCACAAGUACGGAGAGAAAGCUGCUGCGGCAACCAACGAAGGGCUCGAUGCGGCAGGCCACGCCAUCGGAACGGCGUGGGCUGUGUUCAAGCUCCGGCAGGCAUUGAACCCGAAGAGCGUCCUGAAACCCACGUCGCUCGCCAAGUCCAGCAUCAAGGCUGGAGCCGCGGAGCUCCGGGCGAAGAGCAGCAAGAGCAAGUAGGGUCUGAAGCAGUCUUCGCCGCAGCCGGUGGUAUUGGGGCCUGACGAGAUCAGAAGCUUGCAUACCCUGUCAGUCCCCGCUGAUGUGCCGCCUUGUUUGUAGAUAUGUGUGCUGGAAACAGAGAACAACCUGCCUGUCAUGUCUUUCGCUCUGCUGAUGUGCUUCCUAGUGGAGUAUCUGUUGCUUAGUUUCGUUAUGUGCUCUGUCUGGAGUAUCUGUUGCUUAGUUUCGUUAUGUGCUCGGUCUGUCGAUGAAAUGGAGUAGGUUCACUGGAUUUUACUGCUGUUAUUGUGGUGUUGGCCCUUGCUGUAAUGCUGAAGGCCUAAGCUUGAACUGAAUGGUUGAUGCUUUUUCCAAAA